GAAGUUUCCAGAGAAUCAGGUGCUUGAACCGGAUGUGUUCCGGGUGGAUGCUGCCGCCUCUAGCAGAGUAUAUAAAGGUAUGGGCUGACACGGCAUGACCUGCGUGUUCCCAAACAUCCCGGUGGAAGUGCAGUUGAAACGUCGUCUCUGACGGAGCGGACAGGCCGCGAGGAGUUCUCAUCAUGGUGCACCUGUCUCCGCCUCAUAACCUGCCUGUGACCCAGGACUCAGCUGAUGGGGAGGACAGGCAUGGGGAGCAGCUGGAUACUAUUAGUAGCCCGAAGGUGGAGGACCUGCCAGAGGGGCUGGACAGCCCUCAGGUCAGUCUGGAGGUGUCCACAGCCUACCAUGGCUAUGAAACAUAUAUAGAAGAUGGCCUCAUCUGCCUGAAGCACAAAGUCCGUAACUUGGAGAAAAAGAAGCUGAAGCUGAAGGACUACCAGAAGAGGCUGAGACAGGGGGAGGUGCUCAACAAAGAUCAGAUGAUUGCUGUAGAGAAGUAUGACGAGGUGCUCCAUAACCUGGAGUUUGCACGGGAGCUGCACAAAACCUUGGAUGGUCUUACCCAGAAUUUGCUGAAGGCACAGAGGAAGGUGGUUAAAAAGGAACAAAUUGCAAAUAUGGAGACUGAGAGGAGGCGUCUGGCCCUGGUGCUUCAGUUUCAACACCUUCUUGGUGGCCUACAGCAGGAGCACAUAAGGAAAGACAUCAUGGCAGGACGCAAUCAUGCACCCUACAUCCCAGCUCACCAGCUGCACAGCCUGAACCAGCUUGCUGCUAUGAUGGGGGUCAAAAGGGAUGGCAGAAUGAGCUUGGCGGAGCAGAUGGACCAAGCUGCCCUCGUCUACAUAGACCUUCUGGAUGGGAGGGACAAACCUGUGGCUGGAUCCACAUAUAAGCUGUUGAAAGAUGAGCUCAUCAGACUGUUAAAGUACAAUUUCUUCAGUUGUCUCCCACCUCCACCCAAGGCUUCAGAGUUGUCUCUGACAUCAGCCAACCCGAGUGCCUUAAAAUCGAUGCCUAAAGAAAAUUCAAAGGAGCUUUUCAACAGGCUCUACCUGACUGAUUUGGAAACUUUGAACAGUCAGAACUGGAAGGAGGACUUUCAGGCUGUGAGAGAGCAGGAGCCUCCAGAUAGCUGGGAUUCAGAAUUCCCAGAUGGACCUCUGUCAUCUCAAAUUGCAGUUAACAAACCAUGGAAAGGGGCUGCCACUUUCAUACCCAAGGUUGUCCAAGUCCCCUCUAAAAAACACUCUACUGAAAGCAAACAGAGAAAAGAGAAGAAAACCAAAGGACAGCAAAAUGCCAAGUUGCCCAACCAAAUGAAUUUACUUGUGGAAGUUUUCAGCUCCCCCUCUGCCUUACCCAAAGACCCCGUACUGCGGAAGCAGCACCUUGAGGACCUCAUGACUAAGAUCCAUGGCUCCUUCAGUUUUAUGCAGGACUCCCUCCUAGAUGGUGAGACCUCUGAGACCAACCGUACUCCCAGGCUAAAUAGGUGCUCAUCUGGAGCACUCUCUCCUCUAGCCCAGGGAUGCCUGAGAAGCCCUUCUGAUAUCCUGGCCAAAACAAUGCAUUCUACCCCAUUACCUCCCAGGCUGAUGGAUCGCAAAGCCAGUGUGACAGUUGUUGAUUCAAAUGUGGAGACUGGAGGCCUGGAGCCAUCCUCAAACAACCACUCCCAAGUGUCAAUAAAGCUGGUUGACAGAAAAGGGUAUUCCUCACCACCACUUUUCCACGGGGAGGCUACCAUUGCAGACCAGGAAGAGAACUGUACUCCAGGAACCGAGUCAGGGAAGCAGUCUCCCUGUAACGGACUGAGAUCCAACACCUCCACUCCACCUCAGGCAGACUCUUUCUCUACACCUCCCAUGAGGCGAGCUCUCACUACAUCUCAGUUUCACUCUGUCUUCAAGGUGGCCACAUCUUCACCCCAAAAUGGAGAACUGCACUACAAAUCCCACACUGCAGUUUGUUCCAGGUCCAAGUACAGCACCGCCAGCACCCAAACACCCCCAGAGUUUGCGCCCCCAGAUGAUGAGCCUCAGAUGGUGUGUCAGUCAGAAUACUCGGCUGUUAACAGUGGACAGAUGUUCCUGUCCCCUGGCCAGACAGGUGGAGGUUUGAAUCGAAGCAGUCAGUCCUACAGUAGAGGCUCUGUCAGAGGUAUGGCACGUGGUGGCAAGGGACUGGCUCAGAACUGUCGGUCCUCUGGGUGGCACAGAGGAGGAUCCUACAUCCCUCCCGCUCACCUCAGGGAGUCUGUUCCUCUUCUCUAUGCAGCUAGAGACUCAGGAUAUCAACACGUAUACAGGCGAGGAGGAGUAAAGCACGGCUCUGCAGCCUGGAGUGACUCUUCCCAGGUGAGCAGUCCAGACCGGGACGGAGCCUUUACUGUUGUGGACUCUGGUCAUGGGGAUUCCUUAUCUGUAUCGACAGUGGAGGUCCCACUGACUCCACACAGCCAUCCGCCUACAGCCUUACUCUCCAUGCCGCUUUACCCGCUCUCGCAGCCACUGCGUGUGGCCUUCACUGCCUCUCGCACCGCCAACUUUGCACCCGGCAACCUUGACCAGCCCAUUGUGUUCGACCAACUGCAUAGCAACCUGGGGGAGAUGUACAACACCCACAUUGGUCGGUUCACCUGUCCUGUGAACGGAACAUACGUUUUCAUUUUUCACAUCCUGAAGCUGGCCAUCAGCGUCCCCCUCUAUGUUAACCUCAUGCGCAACGAGGAGGUGAUGGUAUCUGCGUAUGCCAAUGAUGGAGCCCCUGAUCAUGAGACCGCCAGCAAUCAUGCCAUUUUGCCUCUUUUCCAAGGAGACCAGGUGUGGCUCAGGCUGCACCGUGGUGCCAUCUAUGGCAGCACGUGGAAGUACAGCACGUUUUCAGGCUUCUUACUUUAUCAGGACUGAACUGUGAAGGCCACCUUCCUCCAGCAUGGUUUGCUUACAGCUUAUAUUUCAGAACUGGUCAGGCAGCAUGCCUGUGUAUCAAAUCUAUGAAAACCAAAAAUGGUUCCCAACUAAAUGGUGCUGUCUACACUUAAAGCCAAUUCCGUUUGGGAAGUUAAAAAUGGUUAUCAUACAGCUACUGUAGUCAACUAUUUUUUUUCUUUUUUUUUUUUUUUGUCUGAUGCUGGCUCAGCUGGACCGAGCUGUCGUCACAGAGAUGUUAAACCCACAGGUCCUGCAAGCAAAGAACAACAAGGUGGCCACUCUUAUGGAGUAUUCUAAAUGUGUUUUUUGUUCUGAAUGGCUUUUGGAAGAUUUUCAGACCAUGUUGAGUGAAUAUCUUCCUCAUCAGGGACAUUACUGGCAUCAUUCUACUGGAGCCUGGCCUCUGAAGGAUUCCUGCUGAUGUGAAACAUACAGCUAAGGAGAUGAGUUGUGUUUUUUUGGUGGUGGGUAUGGUGUUGUACACUAGACCAAAAGGUAGCACUACUGACAUGACUGUCAAGAGGUCCUUUGUUGCCUAAAUAAAAUAUAAGCAGU